AUGGAAUGUUUAUGUUCUCUCUUCUCCUUGUUCUGUGAUUUUGGACUUUCAGUGGGGACAACUGUAACCCUGCCACCGGUUUUGUUCUUUGAUCGUGCGAUGCAGACGGUUUUGGACAGCGGUGGGAAGUUCUUCAUGGUUGAAGGGAUGCCACCGGUGGGAUGUUGUCCGUUGGCCAAGCUAUUGACACCGCAAUCCGAAAAAGAUGAAAUGGGCUCCUCAUUAAGUAUCAACAGAGCAGUAAUGGCUCAUAACGAGCUCCUCCAGAAGACAUUGGAUGACUAUAGGAUAAAGCAUGGAGCUGAGGUUACAAUUUCAUAUACUGACUAUUUCAAAGCAUACAAAACGAUCACGAGAAACCUUUCUGGCUUCUGGUUUUCCGAUGGAUCCCGAGCAUGUUGUGGUGUCGGAGGUGGAAUUCUCAACUGUAACUUGCACAACCUUUGUGGCAUGGCCGGCACCACCGUGUGCGGAAUCCCGGAUAACCAUGUUCAAUGGGACGGAUUUCAUUUGAAGGUAGCAAUGCAUAAGGAAAUAACUCGACUGUUCCUCCAUGAAGGCUUCUGCAAACCAUCCUUUUAUGAUAUAAUUAGUGGGCAAAGAAACUUACGUACAUAG